GUUGUAAGUAGUGACCAGUAAAAGCAUUGUUAAAAGUAACUUCGUGAAUUAUUUGUAUUUCACUGUUUUUUAAAUCAAUUUCUUUAAAAACAUAUUAGAGUGAGUUGGUUAAAUAUGGGUUACAUAAAGAUAAGGGUUGAAACGUGACAGUUUCAAAAGACCAGCAUGCCAUAGAUCAAUUUGAAUAUUAACUUUGAAUUUGAUCAUUUUGGAUUAAAAACAUCAAUUAUUUUAAACAGUUUGGAAUGGUGCGGAAUACAAAUAAAUUCAAUAAAUCUUGAAUACAUCAGCAAGUAGUAGUGACAAACUACCAUUUGAGAAAGUCAGGCAUGUUAUAAACAAUUUAUAAUAGAACAGUCUAAAGUAAGAGUGGAAAAGAUCAGUUUUGAAAUAGAUCAGUGUCAAAUUGACCAGUUUAUAAGAAAAGACAUUUGAAAAAAUGAUUCAUACAGUCAUAGUGAGGUUAUGGUCAAGACACCAUACGAAAUGUAUCAAAUUGUUCGUAGGACUUUUCAUAUGUGCAAAUCUACAUUGCAUAAUGCAAAUGACUCAAGAAUCAAGAACAAGGGAAACGUCUGUAGAGAGUGACUAUGCUGACCUUAAAGAUAGCGAUUAUAAAGUGCCAGGUAUUUACACGCAUGCGAUGGCGAUUGGGGUGAAUGAACGUGAUGAAAUUAAACGGAAAUAUCAAAAUAGGUCAAAUGUAAAUUGGACACCUGAAUACUACUAUGAAGAUGUACCUACUACAGUUGGAUAUAUCGAGCCUGAAAUGAAAACUGAUGUGCUGAAGCCAUUUAAAUCAAAGCUUGAGGUCAUGACUGAACUUAAAUCAAGAGGGGAUGACUAUGUAGCAACAAGUGGGGUUAAAAUGCCAAGUGAUUCUGAAGGAUUCAGGAUAUGGCCAGAACAGUCUGAUCCCAGGGAUGACAGAAUAGUUAAACAACUCAGGUUCGCUGAUCACCUAAAUAAGACUAGGGAUCCAUAUAAGCAACGUCUUAUUAGGAUACUGAUGUAUCAUGGAUGGGAUAAAGUCAAUGAACGUCAAUUUAAAAAUGGUCAACAAUUCUUUAAAGAUUGCCCUUUCAGUCGCUGUGAAUUAACUGAUGAUAAUAGGACCAGUUCUUUUGCUGACGCGAUUAUAUUUCGACCACAUCCAGGAAAAGAUGGUCAUUCAAGAGUAGAGCCGUUCCCAAGUUUUUACAAACAGAACAACCAAGUUUGGGUAUAUCAUGAGCUUGAAUCGGCCCUUAAUACAGCCUGGUUAGAUCCAUAUAAGGAUCGCUUCAAUUAUACGAUGACCUAUCGGCACGAUUCAGAUAUACCUAUUGUAUAUGGAAAAUUCAAACAGUAUGACUCUUUACCCCAAAGCAGGAUUGAGAAAAACUAUGCUGAAGGUAAAACGAAAAAAAUAGCUUGGUUCAUUUCACAUUGCUAUGACAACAAUGGAAGGAUGAAUUACGCGAAAAAAUUGCAAGAAUAUAUUGAUGUUGAUAUUUAUGGAAAUUGCGGUGAUAAAGAAUGUCCAAGAAACAAGAUGCAGCAGUGCUAUGAAAUGCUAAAAAAGGAUUAUAAGUUUUAUCUCGCUUUUGAAAACACAAACUGUAGAGAUUACAUCACUGAAAAACUAUUCAGCAAUGCAUUAAUGAAUGAUGUUGUACCAGUCGUGAUGGGGGCACACCCAGAUGAUUACAGAAGAGUUGCUCCUGAAAACAGUUUUAUUCAUGUUGAAGACUUUCCCAAUCCUGCUGAACUUGCUGAGCAUAUUAACUACCUUGACCAAAAUGAUGAUGAAUAUAACAAGUUGUUUCAAUGGAAAGGAACAGGUGAAUUUAUCAAUACACAAUCUUGGUGCCGCUUGUGUGCAAUGAUGCAUGAUAAGACUCGCACUAGAAAAUGGUACAAUAAUUUAGAAAGAUGGUUUGUUACAGAGCCAAGAUUGUGCUUAGAUGGAAGAUGGGAUGGAAAGAAUGAAGAAGAGUUCAGUAGUAUUCAAUUUGUAAAUGGUAUGCCAAUAAAACUUUAG